AUGGCAGCAGCGGCGGCGCAGAGGCUUCUUGCGGCGAGCACGAAGAUCGUCGGGGCCGGGCGCAACUACGGCUCCCAUGCCAAAGAUCUCGGCAACCCUGUCCUCAAGGAACCCGUCCUAUUCCUGAAGCCCACGUCGUCAUUCCUCCACGCCGGCCCGACCGCCGGCCCCAUCGAGGUGCCCGAGCCGCUCGAGUCGCUGCACCACGAGGUCGAGCUCGCCGUCGUCAUCUCCCGGCGCGCGCGCGAUGUCCCCGAGGCCUCCGCCAUGGAUUUCGUCGGAGGUUAUGCACUUGCUUUGGACAUGUCAUCAAACGAUCUGCAAUCAGCUUCUAAGUCUGCAGGUCUUCCUUGGACUUUGGGUAAAGUACAGGACACCUUUACUCCAAUUAGUGCGGUGGUUCCGAAAUCAGCAAUCGCUAAUCCCUAUGACCUAGAACUGUGGCUAAAGGUAGAUGGUGAACUUAGGCAGAAGGGACUUACAAGUGAUAUGAUAUUCAAGAUUCCUUUUCUAAUCAGCUAUAUCAGUUCCAUCAUGACAUUAAUGGAGGGCGAUGUGAUAUUAACUGGUACUCCCCCAGAUGGUGUAGGUCCUGUCCGAGUAGGACAGAAGAUCAGUGCUGGUAUAACUGACCUCAUUGAUGUAGAGUUCGAUGUUCAGAGACGCAAACGUUCAUUUUCUAACUGA